AUGUCGAACAAAGGAGGUGUUGUCUGUGCUGGUACAAUAGUUAUAGACAAAGUUGUCAUUGUUGAUCGAUGGCCGUUAGAAAAUUCUUUAUCAAAUAUUCAUUGUGAAAUAAAAACAGGUGGCGGCGGUCCGUUUAAUAUUGUUAAAGAUCUACGUGCAAUGGAUAUAAAUCUACCAUUAGCAAUCGUUGGUCUAUUAGGAAAUGAUGAUAAUGGUCAAUGGUUAAUAAAUGAUUGUAGAAAAUCUAAUAUUGAUAUUAAUCAAUUACAUAUAACUAAAGAUAAUACACCAACAUCGUAUACAUAUGUAAUUAGUGUUGAAUCAACAGGUCGACGAACAUUUUUUAAUCAACGUGGUACAAAUGCAUUAUUGACUGAUAUUCAUUUUGAUUUUAAUUAUUUUGUAAAUAAAAAAUCUUAUAAUUUAUUUUAUCUUGGUUAUUUAACAAUACUUAAUGAAUUAGAUCGUUUUAUUGAUAAUGAAACAAUUGCAGGAAAAGUUCUUAAACAAGCAAAAGAAUAUGGUUUCGAGACUAUUGUUGAUUUUGUUACGGGACAUAAUAUUUUCUAUUCAAAAAUUGCAUUAUUUACAUUACCUUAUGUUGAUCAUUUAAUAAUAAAUGAAAUUGAAGCAGGAUUUAUUCUUAAUCAAACAUUUGAACAAGUAACUAUUUCACAAAUUGAACAAGCAGGAAGAAUAUUAAUGGAAAAAUAUGGUGUACAACGAUCAGUGACAAUUCAUUUUGAUCAUGGUGCUGUUUGUGUUAGUCGUGAAAAUAAUUCAAAUUUUGAAUGUUUUAUACAAGGUUCACUUUGUUUACCUAAUGGAUUUAUUAAAGGUGCUGUAGGAGCUGGAGAUGCAUUUGCUGCUGGUAUUAUUUAUGGACUCUAUCAAAAAUGGCCUAUUCAAAAACGAUUAAUAUGUGCUGUUUGUGUUGCAGCAAUGUGUUUAAAAGAUGAAACACCAUAUGCUGGAGUUGAAAAUAUUGAAGAAUGUAUGAAAUUAACAGAUGUAUUUGAAUUUCGAAAAUUAGAAGCAACAUCACGUAUUAAAGAUUCUUAA